GCAACAGAGAGGAAGCAGGAGGGAGAGAGAAAAGGACAGGGGGAGAGCAAGCAACAGUCAGCCAGACUAACAUAAAAUAACUUGAAAAACAAAGUGAAACAAUCCUCCACUUCCACAUGGACUUACAGUCAUCCAAGGAAGACGACAUUGUGGUUGUAGCAUGUCUUAGAACUAUCCAGGGGACCUGAAGGGACUAUACAGUGACUUUGUCUUUUGUUUGUCCUUCAGUCGCCUUUCCCUGACAACAAGGACAAAGAGAUAAAGCACCAAAGUACCAUGCAGGACGACCCUGAGGGAUACUUGGUGAUUGGGGGAAACAGAACGGGAGACAUCCACAGGACUGGAAGUGGGUUUGCUGGUGGGGGAGAUGGGGGAGGUAUGGGAGACAGGGGAGGAGACAGGGGAGAUGGGCAAGACACAAGCAUGGAGCUGAAGGAUCUGACCAGCAGCACAACAGACAAUGAACAUCCGAUUGCAGAAGAAGAUGAGGACGGUGACAUCAUAACGCAAAGGAAUGACAUCACAGCAAAAAUGAAUGACAUCAGGACUCAAUGUGAUGACUUGGGAGAUGAGGUCAACGGUGAUUCCGGGAGCCAAUCAGCGCACAGUGAGCCUCGGGUCUACAUAGAGGUGGGUGUGGCUAAGGUGGAGCUAGCCUCGGGACCACUCAAGGCCCAAUCGUCUUUCCAAGAAUCUCCGGAGUUCCCGUCCACUGCGAGCACAGGUAACCAUAGCACUGACAUUAAAACAGACACUUUGAUGAAUGACAGCACAAAAUCCAGCAAUGACUCUGAUAAUGACAGCGCUAAAACGACCACUGACACUUAUGACAACUUAGAUGAUAGCGGCAAAGUCAACAGGGAAGAUUCUUCGGACAAAAAGAGUACUGAUGCCUUUAAAUUAAAAACAAACCCACACAAUCACAACUCUGAUCUGGCCAUGAUGGACUCCACAACAACCCUCUGCAGACGUAACCACGACAACUACACAACCCCCGACAUCCCGUCCGACGACACUUCCACCUCCAGAUCGGAAACUUCAGUCCCUCUCAACCAAUCGGCCCCGGCGCCCGACACCACAUGGGACGACACCCCGAACGUCAAGGAGGGGGGUGAAGGUGACGGUAGACCGCCCUCACAGAGGAGUGUAGUGGAGGGGGUGUGCUGCUGCUACAGAGCAGUACACAAGGCCUUCAUAAGGUGCCUAGAGGAGACACCAGCCAUGCUCCCUGGACUGCUGCUGGCCAUGGGCUUCUGUGUGGCUAUCAUCAUCCUUAUACCAACUACCGGAAGGCUGAAAGAGAACAUCAGUGUCCAUGUAGGGGCCCUGUCCGUGGUCUGUGUGGUGCUGUGUUUGAGCACAGCCCUGCUGGUGGCCCUGCCCUGGCUGGCCGUGGUGAGGCGGUGUGGAGGAGCGCUGUCACUUUGCCUCUGGGGGGCCCUGUAUGUCACAGCUAUAGUCUUCACCUUCACCGGAGGGCCCGUCACCGCAUGGGAACAGGUAGCGUUCUUCCUUUUCCUGUCUCUGUGUGUGUACACGGUGCUGCCCCUGUCCCUAGCCUGGGCUCUGAUGGUGGGCAUAGGGACCAGUGUGUCACACAUCAUCAUCAUCAGUGUCUACGUUCCCGUCACCAGGCCUAACACACCAAACCUGGCAGUGCAGCUGGUGGCCAAUGCUGUGUUGUUUUUGUGUGUGAACUGUGUGGGAGUGUUUCACCUGUGGCUGACUGAGCAUGCCCACAGGAAGUCCAGUAAGAAGAAAGAGAGGUUCAGCGCCAUGCGCUCCCAGAGGGACAUGCAAAAACACCAGCAGGAGCACCUCCUCCUGUCCGUGUUGCCACGAUAUAUCGCCAUGGAGCUGAAGACGGAGAUCAUCAAACGACUGUCGGAGAAUAAAGAGAAAGGACAGAACUUUCACAGUCUGUACAUCCGGCAACACAAAGAUGUCAGUAUUCUGUAUGCUGACAUUGUGGGGUUUACUAAGCUGGCCAGUACCUGUUCUCCUGAGGAGCUGGUGGGAGUCCUCAAUAAGCUCUUCGGCAGGUUCGAUGACAUUGCCAAGAUGAACGAGUGUUUGCGUAUAAAGAUCCUGGGUGAUUGUUACUAUUGUGUGUCGGGUCUGCCAGACCCCAUCCCAGCCCACGCCAGGAACUGUGUUCAGAUGGGACUCAACAUGUGCACGGCUAUCAAUAAACUACGGGAGGCUACUGGUGUGGAGAUCAGUAUGAGAGUGGGUGUGCACUCCGGCAACGUUCUCUGUGGCGUGAUUGGUCUACAAAAGUGGCAGUACGACGUCUGGUCACAUGACGUGACUCUGGCCAACCAUAUGGAGUCUGGGGGCAUGCCAGGGCGUGUCCACAUCACAGAGGAGACACUGGGACACUUAGCUGGGGUGUACCAAAUGGAGGACACUGACGGGGGAAGCCGGGAUGCUCUGCUAAAGGGGAGGAAAACCUACCUGGUGAUCGACCCCCAUAAGGAAGACACCACCUCUAAGAGGAAGGAAAAGACAAACAUUCUCACGGUCAGUGGUCAUAAGCAGCGAGCCUCGGUGAGGAUGUCUCAGUACCUGCAGUCCUGGCAGACCAUCUGUCCAUUCUCUGACCUCAGCAACCCUGAGGCCACACCCACCCAGCUGCCAAUCAACCCGACCUGCGCCAGCACGAAUCAAUCACAGCCAUCUGCAGAUAGACCACCUACUCAGACCGAUUCCAGCAGUACCAGUCAGGUCCUGGACGACGGCAUAAGAGGGUCGUUAGAUACUAUUGACGGUGCAGGGCGGAGAGAAAAGAAGCUGAACUGCUUCACGCUGUUAUUCAAUGACCUAAAGCUGGAGAAACAGUUUCGUCUCUCAGAGGUCAAAGGUCUACACCAGUCAGUAGGCUGCAUGGCUCUCAUCUUCGUGUCUCUGUUUACUGUCCAAAUGCUCGUCUCCGAGAAAAACUUUCACAUGGCUGUGUCAUAUGGUGUCACCUUCCCUGUUCUAGUGUUGCUUCUCUCUGUGGUCUGCACGGGACACCUCAAGAGAUGGCGCUCUAAAAUCCCUCUCAGUCUACAGUGGGUGACGUCGCUGUCGCAAGGAGUGGCCACAAGGCCUGCGGCACGUUUACUGCUGGUCUGCCUUUGUCUACUCAUCACCUUGCUUAUGGCCAUACUGAACUUUUUCUUUCUACCUGGAGACAACUGUGCCUCUGACUCGUACAACACAUCACAAUUACAGAACCUCAACCUGUACACCGUCCCUUAUUACCUGUACUGCUGCCUGCUGGCCAUGCUAGGUGUGGUGGUGUUUGUGAGGACGUGCCUGUCCGUCAAGGUGUUGCUCCUCACACUGGCUGUAGUAGUCUACCUGUCUCUCUUCCUCUACGUCUACGCACCUCGCUCAGACUGUUACAUGGCCCUGCUCUACAACGAUACAAAGCCUGGAGUCUUAAAGGAGCCUAAGAUCAUGGCUGGAGUUUGGCUGUUCAUCUUCUAUUUUACAUGCCUGAUACUGGCACGACAGGACGAGUUGGGCUGUCGCGUGGAGUUCCUACUGCAGCAGUGUUUCAGAACUGAGAGGGUUGAGAUGGAGACCAUGGAGAAUGUUAACAAACUACUACUGAAGAAUGUCCUGCCUCUUCAUGUAGCAUCUAAAUUCAUGGGCAAGACCAUACGCAACCAGGACCUGUACAGCCAAUCAUGUGACUGUGUGUGUGUGAUGUUCGCCUCGGUACCCCAGUUUAAGGAGUUCUACAGCGAGAGCAGUGUGAACCGAGAUGGAUUGGAGUGUUUACGUUUCCUCAAUGAGAUCAUCUCAGACUUUGAUGAGCUUCUCUCAAAGCCAAAGUUCUGUUCUGUGGAGAAGAUCAAGACUAUUGGCAGCACCUACAUGGCAGCUGCUGGUCUGACCAAUCCUGCUAUAGGGGACGAGCGAAAGGACUGUGAUGUGUCCUACAGCCAUGUGCGCAGCAUGGUAGAGUUUGCCAUCGCUCUGAAGAACAACUUGGAGUCCAUCAACCAACACUCCUUUAACAGCUUCAAGCUACGCAUCGGGAUAAACCAUGGUCCAGUGAUUGCGGGGGUGAUCGGAGCCCACAAACCACAGUAUGAUAUCUGGGGGAACUCUGUGAACGUGGCCAGUAGGAUGGACAGCACCGGAGUACUAGACAAGAUCCAGGUGACAGAGGAAACAGCGCAGGUGGUGAAGACCUUUGGCUUCAGUGUGACCAAGAGAGGAGUCAUCACCGUCAAGGGCAAGGGAGAACUUACGACCUACUUCAUCAACACCGACUGACCAAUCAUCUUCUCUGUUCUGACCUCUCCAACCAAUCAUCAUCACUCAUCCAGCCACACAUCAAACUCUGACCUUCAGUCGUCCUUAUUUAUUCUCAUGCUGUGAACGGGGACACUACAUUUGGAGGAAGGAGGUGCUGUCUUUUGGAUGAAUAUGUUAAACCAAUUACAGAUGUCAAAAAAGAAAUAGUUGGUUGGUAGGCAAUUUGUGAUCAUUUAUUAUUUGUGUUUUGAAUGAAUCUGUCAUGACUCGUGAACUACUGUAUCUAUCUGUGUGUAAUCUUUGACUGACCGACAACAAAACAAAGCCGUUGAGGAAUAUGCUCUUACUAAUGACAGUGACACAGAGUGGGUUCAAGGCGAGCAAUGACAGUGAAUGUUCCUUAUUAGGAAAUUAUAAGGCCAUAUGGAAACACAAGAUUGUGUACUUUUCAAUGGUUUCCUGAAAGGGAUGUUAUAUAUAUACUAAGAAUACAUAUGGGCUGUUAUGUUAUUUCAAUGGACGAGGAAGUAGUUGACAGUAGGCCCAUCACUGCCAAAGGUACUGCUGCAUUCACACUUUUGAAUCCAUCUGCCACCACUUUAAUACCAUGAAAAUGCAAUAUAACUUACUGUAUUUAACUUUUGAUCGUGUAAUUUCAGAUCAAUGUUUUUUAUUUUGUUUUUAAAAGAGAUAUAGAGAUAUAUUUUGUCUAUUCUGAACGACUUUAUAAGCACGCCUGGGCAUACAGUAUAUGAAUGUACAUAGAAAUAAACUAAGAUGUGGAAGGUAGUGCUUCUGUGUACGCUACCAAAUAACAAA